AUGAUUGUUCUUAUCUUACUUGGAACUCUAGUGAUCUUGGGAGUGACCAUUGGUCUCCUUGUUCAUUUUCUGGCAUUUGAGAAGACCCACUAUUACCAAGUUAGCUUUAAGGUAGCUGAUGCCCCACACGAUUAUGACUGUGAAAAAAUAGCUUCUCCGGGAAGCAGAGAUCUGAUAAAAAACAUAGAGAUUCUGAUAUCUAAUGCAUUUUAUAAUUCUCCUAUAUCCAAAGAGUAUAUUUUGUCACAACUCAUCCGUCUAUCUUCUGAGAUCAACGGAGCAACGGCUAAAAUUUUGCUGGUAUUUAAAUCUAAUCUUAAAAAGAAGAAUAACAUACAGAGAAGCCUUAGAAGUAUCUUACAUCAGAUGCUAAAAGAAAACAAAAAAUCUUUGUUCAUGGACCCCUCUUCUCUUAAGUUUUUUGAGAUCAGUAAAGAAGAUGCUAAAAAUCUUACUAUCAACUGUUGUGGGAGACAACUAAGCCCAAUAUCAGAUGACCUAAUAACAGGAAAUAACAGAAUAAUGGGAGGAGUCCCUUCCAAAGAAGGGGAAUGGCCAUGGCAAGCCAGUCUAAAAUGGAAUGGCCGCCACUGGUGUGGGGCAUCCCUGAUCAGCAAGAGGUGGCUGGUGUCUGCAGCUCAUUGUUUUAUAAGGUUUAUUGGCAUCAAAAAUUGGACUGUCACUUUUGGGAAUACAUUAAAUCAUCCCCACAUGACAAGAAAUAUUAAGGAAAUUAUUCUUCAUAAAGAUUAUCAAAGUCGCCUUCAAUAUGAUGAUAUUGCUUUGGUACAGCUUACUAAAGAAGUCACUUUUACAAAGAAUGUUCGUACUAUUUGUCUUCCUGACCCCACACAGAAUUAUACAGCAGGUGACAGGGCUAUUGUCACAGGAUGGGGAAAACUUAGUAUUAAUGGACCUUAUCCAAAGAAACUUCAACAAGCAACUGUGAAAAUCAUUGAUAGAGAUACUUGCAAUGCCCCACAGGCAUACCAUGGUUUGGUUACAGAUUCCAUGCUAUGUGCAGGAUAUAUGAGUGGGAAAGUUGAUUCCUGUGAGGCUGACUCUGGUGGCCCAUUAGUUUCUUUUGAUCACAUAGGUAGCUGGUACCUCACUGGAGUAGUGAGCUGGGGAGAAGGAUGUGGUAAAGUGAACAAGCCAGGUGUCUACACUAAAGUGGCUUCCUACCUUGACUGGAUUGCUAACAAAACUGGAAUUUAA